AUGGCUUCCAGCUCGGGAGAAACGACCAGUAAAAUUGGGCCAACGCAAUAUAGCUAUGAAGAACUAGCAAAUGCAACUGGUCAUUUCUCCAAUAGGUACUUUCUUGGCGAGGGCGGUUAUGGUCAAGUCUUUUGGGGAUCAUUAGAUGGCAAAACCCGUGCUAUUAAGAAACUUAGAUGUCUUCCGGAUGAUGAAAAGACGAAACAAAAAAUGAUGCUGGAGAUUAAGAUCGCUAACAGAGUACGACAUCCAAAUGUUGCUCACCUAGUUGGCUACUGCAUUGAAGCAAACAAUGCAUUGCUCGUUUUAGAGUAUUUUCCAAAAAAGUCCUUGAAAUAUAAUUUACAUGAAGAGUUUUUGGACUGGCAAAAAAGAAUGCAAAUUGCCAAAGGCGUAGCAAAAGGAUUGGAAUAUUUGCAUGAAUCUUGUGAUCCGAGAAUCAUACAUUUAGAUAUCAAACCAGAUAAUAUUCUUAUGGAUAACAACUUCAAACCAAAGAUUACAGAUUUUGGACUUGCCUUAUAUUUCCCAGAUAAUGUUACUCACCUUUCCAAAUCGAACAAUGAGGGAACUAAAGUUUACAUGGAUCCUGAGCAACAAAAAAAUUUUCUGAUAAGUCAGAUAUUUAUUCUUUUGGUGUGGUGCUUCUUGAGCUAA